CACAAAGCUUCUACGUCCUUGUGGUGAGGGUAAGAAAGAUAGUGAUCAUAACCAGAAACUGUACCUGGGUACAUGCAUUGCUCCAUGGCCUCAGGGGACCGAGUCUGCUGCUUGUCCUUGAGAUAAGGUUUUGUUUGCUGAUUUUCUCUCUUCUUUUUUUUUUUCUUUUUAAAAGUGUCUUAUUGCCUAGUUGUUAUCUUUUGCCCAAAAUAGAUGGUGUAGUGGAUUAUGAAAAAGGGAAAUGAGAGCUCUCUAAAGAGGGCAUGCUGUAGUCAGUUCUGCUAAAGGAAAAGGAGGUCCUACUCUUUGCUUAAACAAGCAUGAGACAGAGAGAACAAAACUCAGGACCUAACCAUGGAAAAACUAUUUUUCACUACUACUUGGAAAUCUAGAUGAUACAGUAGCUUGAUUCUUUCUUGAGUUGGCAUCUUUUUUCUGCAGAAAAAUCCCCUAUUAUCUCAGCCUUGUGAUUACUAGCUCUUCUUUCCAUGAAGCAAAUUAUCUGUAUGAGUACAAACCAGUCCUUCUGCUUGAGCUGGUAUGCAAUGGCUUUAUUUGUUUUGCUUUUUUAAUAGACUGCCACAGAACACUGUGAAAUUAUCUUCAGUGGUAAAUACGGGUUCAGAAAAACGUGAUGACUUCAGGGAUUCUAUUGAGACGUUUUUAAAUGGUUUUCAGUGAUGUAAUCAGGUUAAAUACAAGGAGUGAUUUUGCAAAGUGGACAGUAAUGGAGUAUAUGAGCACGGGUAGUGAUAGCAAAGAGGAGAUUGACUUUUUGCUAGCUGAUCUAAAUAUGUCUGAGGUGAUAGCCAUCAUGGAAAACCAUUACCCAGGUGAAGACAUUGCAGUCUAUGAAGACAGCUUAAUUACAAUGUGUGAAGAGGCAAAUCAAAAUGAUGAACGUGCAGAAUCAUUGCUGUUUUGUGAAAGGGAGGUCUCUUUGAUGUCUUCUGUCAAAUAUGGGACUGUGGAAGACCUGCUUGCUUUUGCAAAUCAGGUGUCUAACACUGCAAAACAAUUUAAAGGAUGCACACAACAGGAAUCUGGAAUCCUCUUGAAUAUGAUCACACCCAAGAAUGGGCGCUACCAGAUUGACUCAGAUGUGCUCCUGUUUCCAUGGAAGUUGACUUACAGGAAUAUUGGUUCUGAUUUUAUUCCUCGGGGAGCUUUUGGGAAGGUGUACUUAGCCCAAGAUAGAGAAACCAAGAAACGAAUGGCAUGCAAACUGGUCCCAGUGGAACAGUUCAAACCAUCAGAUGUUGAAAUACAGGCAUGUUUCCGUCAUGAAAACAUUGCUGAAUUAUACGGCGCUAUUUUGUGGGAUGAGACGAUCCAUCUCUUCAUGGAAGCGGGAGAGGGAGGAUCUGUCAUGGAAAAGCUGGAAAGCUGUGGUCCUAUGAGAGAGUUUGAAAUAAUUUGGGUGACAAAACAUAUUCUGAAAGGACUUGACUUUCUCCACUCAAAGAGGAUUAUCCACCAUGAUAUCAAACCAAGCAACAUUGUCUUUAUGUCAACUAAGGCUGUUUUGGUGGAUUUUGGCUUAAGUGUUCAAAUGACUGAAGACAUUUACUAUCCCAAAGACCUUAGAGGAACAGAGAUUUACAUGAGCCCUGAAGUUAUCCUUUGCAGAGGCCACACAACAAAAGCAGACAUCUACAGCAUGGGAGCGACCAUCAUUCAUAUGCAAACAGGCAUCCCGCCCUGGGUGAACAGAUACCCUCGUUCUGCAUAUCCCUCCUACCUCUAUAUUAUACACAAGCAAGCUCCCCCCUUAGAGGAUAUUGCUGAGGACUGCAGCACUUCCAUGAGAGAAUUGCUAGAAGCAGCUCUGGACAGGAAUCCCAACCACAGGCUGUCUGCAGCAGACUUACUGAAACAUGAAGCCUUACACCCACCCCCCGAGGAGCAGCCGCGGUGCCAGAGCCUGGACUCGGCGUUGUUUGAAAGGAAAAGGCUGCUGGCCAGGAAGGAUCUGCAGCUGCCAGAAAAUAUUACCGAUUCCUCAUUGUGUAAUGGGAGCAUGGAAGAGUCAGACCUGCUAAAAAGACAAAGAUCACUCUACAUAGACCUUGGAGCUCUAGCUGGUUACUUCAAUAUUGUUAGGGGACCACCAGCCUUAGAAUAUGACUGACUCAGUAACAUGUUAUGUUCAUGGGUCAGAAAUGGACCUCUACCUCUUAAAAUUUUAUUUUAAGACUUGAUUUUCCAAUUUGUACAUAAAACUAUUGCCAUUAUAGGCUGUCAAAUGUGAAUAGUGUUUAAUUGCACAGAUGAUUAAGCUAAACCCUCAGGGGCUCUGAUAAGCUGGUCCCAAGCAGUGAUGUUUGUGUGUCUGCUGGUUGACCAACAAGAAGAUGGUGAAAAGAAUACUGCAGCUGGGAAUGUCUUAAUCCAGGAUGUCUUCCUGUGCUGGGCCUUGCACUUUUGUAAAACUUAAAAUAUAUGCUUGCAAAUAAUGUCAGGAAAAAAUGUAAUAUAAUUUAGCAUGUGGGCUGUAAGAUUCAGUCUCUCUUAGCUGUCCUUAGAAAAAAACCUUCCUGUCACCCCCAACCCCAAAACAAAAAAGAAAAAAGAAGUCCUUGAUUUAACCAGUCAAAGACUGGUUCAUUCUUGUUCUGUCUUUAAGACUUGGUCAUUCUUGAUCUUUAAAACUUGGUCAGCCUCUAGUAAUUCUUAAUGAAAAUCACGGCCUCCCAUAAGCAAAGCUAGCUUCUAUCAGCUGUCUGUGGAGUCAGAUUAUCACUUGUUUACAGAUGUGUUUUAACUUGCAUCUUCCCUGGGCAGUGGGAGCUAAGCAGGAGGCUGUCCCCUCCUCUGUGGGUCGAGUGAAGUGUUCACUGGCAGUAUCAGUUAGCUUUGGGAUUUGCACAGUCAGCUGGCCCUGACAAAAGUAUGACAGUGACUCCAACUCCUUCCUGUGUUACAACUACUGCAAGGGUAUCUAUGAUAGUUUUCAAGGGUACAGCAAGUGUUAUUCCCUAUUGGUAACAGUGGGCAGGCUCCAAACUCUUGCUUUUUAAUACUUUAAAAUUGUACACAUGUAUAAUUGCUCUGAGUGUUACGGUUUGGAAGGCGUGUCAUUAGUGACAAGCAGUGUUUAUGUUCCUAUGGAAAUGGAAUUAUAUUGUUCUUGCUGUGCCUCGUACAUUUGAAACAUGAUGUUUUGGAUGAUAGUAAAACUAUGUAAACUGCAUAGUUCUGUACAUCCCAUGGGAUGAGAAUGUAAACUUUUAUAAAACUCUUUCUGAUGCUUAGGAUGACUCUUUAUAAGCGUUUGUGUUAAAUGGCAUACUGUGUAUGUUGUACACGGAAUUUUUUCUGAAGCACAGUCUCUUUUUCAUGUCUGUUGUUUAAUGCUGCUCCUCUCUAACACAUGAUCUUAAACAGAUGAUUUCUAGUUUGAUACUGAUAUGGUCAAAUGAAUAAAUCCUGCUCAGUGCCUUGA